GGCCAGUCGCGAUUCUCGGGCGGUGGUGUCGUUUCAAGCAGGUGGCAGGAAAGCGCCACUCACACUAUGCAAGGGACGUGCAUAGCUCACUUCAAGUAAGUUUCACGUCCUGCUCCUACAGGCCGCGGGGUAGCUGGUGUGUAUGCCGGCUCUUGCUUCAAGCAUGCCGGUUAUAAUAGCCGCGGGCGCUCCCGACUAUUCAGGAUUGCUUUUGUGCUAUCCGCGGGCCACCCAUGUGGUUGUUGUGACUCUUUGCGCCUGGGUAAACACGACAUGACUUCAAGAUUUCCAACGCCAGAAGAGUUCGCAUCGUUUCCGCCGCCCAACUAUGUCGACCCAGUUAAUCAGUUGCCACUGGCGAUGGCCGUGCUGAUUCCUAUGACUGUUCUGGUCAUUGGUUUCGUCUCUUGUCGAUUCUAUUGUCGAACGGUUCUUGUCAAUACACUGGGUUGGGAUGACUGGGCGAUGAUGGUAGCAGCUGUGAUGUCUGUUGGAAGUAACAUCAUGCUCAUAAUAUCGAUGCUGCCAGAAUACCAGAUGGGGUACCAUCUAUGGGAUAUUCGUCCAUCGCGACUUUUCGGGACGAUGAAGUCCGCACAGAUGGGCAUGUCCAGCCAGUUGCUCUUCACAGCCAUUAUCACUUUUAUGAAGGUCGCGAUUCUUCUCACCUAUAUCCGCAUAUUUCCAUCGAAAUUAGACAAGUGGUUUUGUCGUUUGAUGAUCUUCUACACGGUAUCUUUGAACACGGCCUGCUUCUUCAUCACCUUGUUCCAAUGCUCGCCGGCAAGCACCUACUGGGAGAUCUUCAAAUAUAUCGGCACAGCUAAAUGCCUCAACAUCAAGGCCAUCUACUACUUCCACUCGGCACAGAACACUUUCAGCGACUUUGUCAUAUUUCUGUGGCCUGCAAGAAACCUUAUGAACGUCCAGGUAUCGCUCCGUCAGCGCGUGACAUUGAUAAGCAUGUUUUCACUGGGUGUUAUUGUUUGUAUUGCCGGUGUCGUGCGACUGUACUAUACCCAUCAAUAUCUGGUAUCCUUCGAUGUCUUCUGUACGUACCGCUCGAACUUGAGUUGCAACAACAGCCGGCUGACAUUGCGCACAGGGUACGGAGCCACCACAUUCAUCAUCAUGUCGGUGGAAAGUGGUGUCGGUGUCGUAUGCGGCUGCCUUCCAGGUUGCAAACCCCUCAUGAACAAGAUGUUCCCUCGCGUCUUCGGCAACACCUCCCAGUCGUCGUCCCGUCGUCGCCCAUCGACAAACUUCCUUUCAGGAAAGUUGUCGUCUUCUUCGGCAGCAAAGUCUGAGCAGGAAUCGUAUCGCAUGCAAACUCUCCAAUCCCGUCCCGAUAACCGACGCGGUGUAACCAUGGAAAAGCGAUCGCCGCCAGACGUUGAGAAGCAGCUGCCUGCGCCUCCACAACCGUCGCACCAGGGUCUGCGCCCACCCAGCCGAACAACAUUUACCAGCAGGAGACAGGCUGAAGCGUACAGGGAGCUACAAGGCAAUGGGAGCGACUCGAGUAUAGAAAUUUUCCUUUUGCAGCGUAACUAAAACUUGUAUAUUGUGAAUGAGAAAGAGAAAAUAGAUUCGGACGGAAACGGUGAAAUGCGUACGCUGCAAGAAAGCGUGGGUUACACCAAAAACGAUAACCUGAUUUCAAAUGUGCCACCGACAUCAUGAGCUACAUUUCUUUGGCCCGGUUCGUGUCCAUCGUCCCUAUGAUCAUUGCGGGCG